AUGGCUGCUAGUUUGGGGAAAAGUCUCUUUGCCACUCCAGCAUAUUCACUGCCUCAGUACCCUGCACACUGGGCCCUGCCGUCUCAGACGUCGGACGGUAUGGCGACCGGCGGUGUUGGUUUCGUUGUGCACCCAUCUGUCGUCCAUCUCGUCGAUUCUCACGAGGUCCUGUCACCUCGUCUGGCCAUUCUUCGCCUCCGCCCUCUGCGCCAAAAAUCCAUCAGUAUCAUCAACUGCUAUUCACCAACAUCAGCAGCUGAUGAUUCCGAAUUGGACGCGUUUUACGAGGAGCUGGAGGAAGUAGUCCACAACGAGAAGUCCUUUUACAAUGGUUCUGAUCACCGUCUCCUUCGUGCGAAAAUACGACUUAGCCACACGAUGGAAAAGAACAUGUGCUAUCGGCAACGAAGGAGAAGAGAAGUCGUCUACGACGAUUGCGUACUCGAGGACUCCCUGUCCCAAGGUGACUGGCACAUCGAGGAGGACCCAAACGUGGACUACGAGAUGCUGCUCAGAGGAUUACGAGCCUGUGCUGAACGUGCCUCGAAGUCGCGCACGACAAACUUGGAUCGAAUUUCGAAGACCACCAAGGAAUUGUUAGGAAGAAGAAGGGCUUUGAGGCUUGAUCCGAAUGCAUCGCACAUUGAGCGGCAGAAGAAGAUUCUAGAAGCAGCACAAAGAAGAACGAGUCUAAAGAAGUGCCGCAGGGAUCUCCGCGAAUAUAAUAUUCCGCUAGCAACCUUGCUGAGCGAAGACGGGACUCGCACGUCUUCUCGUCGUGAGAUGGAAAUCAUUACGGAGAGGUUCUACUCGAACCUUUUCCGUUCAUCAACUCCUGUGUCAAGCCCAAUCAUCCCCACUGGCGAAGCUCCACCACGGAUUCUCCCUUCGGAAGUACGAGUCGCUAUCAAGAGCAUGAAACCUGGCACAGCCCCGGACCUGAUUUUAUAUCAGCAGACUUUCUUCGGGCUGGUGGCCAUCCAUGUAAUCUUAGCAGCGCACAUGACAUCCUAUCUUCAGAAAGAAAGGAUCCCAGACCAGUGGAAGACCUCGCGAACCGUUCUUAUCCAUAAGAAAGGUGACCGAGAGGACCUUCGGAACUACCGUCCGAUAUGCUUGCUGAGCGUGUUAUACAAAGUAUUCACCAAGAUCAUCCUCACACGCAUAUCUAGGACGCUGGAUGAAGCCCAGCCUCAAGAACAAGCUGGAUUCCGCCAAGGGUUCAGCUGCUUGGACCACAUCCAGACCGUGUCGAGGGUCAUAGAGGCUCCCAAAUCGUGGAAACUCCGUCAUACGUAUACCUGGACGUUCUAUGAACAUGGAAAACGACUGAAGGAAGAACUGAAUAGAAGAAUGAGAGCAGCAUGGGCACAUUCGCAGCCGUCAGGAAGCUACGGACCAACACGGAUCUUCGUGCCCAUGUUCGACUCGACAGUCCUUCCAGCGCUCUGUUACGCAGCGGAACGUGGGCAGACACCGCAGCCACGUCUAGGAAGCUACUACACCCACAGAGCCCUGAGAGAUGUCUCCUGA